AUGUCCACCUUGACGUCCUCGCCAUCGCCGGCUGCAUCACCUCGAUCCUCCUUCCACGUCCAGCGAAGCAGCUAUUCCAGCCACUCCUUCAGUGCGCCGUCGCCCAAACAGCGAGGCUUCAAUGCAUCGCCGGUACAGCGCGCAUCAGGGUCCACAGGAGGCUCCAAACAGCCACGCGCACACUACUCUGAAAGCCCGGCUAUCGAGAAGAAGCCGCACACAUACGUAAACCAGGGCACACAAUAUAGCCCGGACGGAUAUCCUCCCACCGCUGGAGAUCAGCCAGAUAGAAAGACAGACCGGGAAGGUGCGCCCUCGUCGGCCACGAAGAAGCGGAAGGAGCCACCUUCUCUCUCGGCGCCUGACCCAAUGAGCACAUCUGCGGCGUCGUCCGCCUCAAGCAUCCCCUCGAGACCUCCCACGGAGCCCGAGCCACGCCUCGACCCUACUCCCGCUCCUUCGUUCUCUACCACGGCCAGCUCGGCUUCAGCACACCCUCCUGCUGGGCAGCAUGCCGAAACGCAAGAAGCUCGCUCCACACACGGUCACUCCAGUACACCGAAACGAUCGCGUACCGAUUCGGCUCCGGCUACAGUGAUGCCAGUACUGUACCAAAACUGCAACCCGAAAGCCCUUGGUGUGCUUGUCUCCAACAUGCUCAUGGAGCUUAUACGUCUCAACGACCAAAUACCACUCCGCGACGGCCGCCUCACACGCUUCCAUUCCCGCGCACCACCUGGCAUAAUCUACUACAUCGACUUAUUAUGCCAGAAGUAUUCCAACUUCACCAUCAACUCCCUGACCGUCCAUCGCUUUUUGAUCACGGCAGCAACGGUGGCGGCGAAAGGGCUCAGUGAUUCAUUCUGGACCAACCCUACGUACGCCAAAAUCGGAGGCAUACCGGUAUCGGAGCUGGCAACCUUGGAACUGGAGUUUUUGCAUAAGGUGGAGUGGAAGAUCGUUCCUAAGCCGGAAGUGCUUGAGGAGUAUUAUCGUAGUCUGAUAGAGAGAACGGAAGGCUUUGAGCUGGAGCAGACGGGAAGCAGCAGCAGCAGCUUGCUGGAGGACAGUGAGGAGGACAACACGGAUGGUGAUGAGAUCAUGGCUGAUGAACCCACGUGA